AAUUAGCAUUACUGAGGUUAUAUGGAAGUUUCUAUGAGGGAACUUAAUUAAUUAUGGUUGAUUAAUGAGUGUCCCCAGCUGAAGCUGGAGCCACAGAUUUUGUCACCACAUUGGGAACACGUUUGUGUCAGGUUCAUACAGGGAGGUUUUAUUCCUUGGGAAUGGGCCCGGGGGAGGCUCCGGACUGGGAGCUGCCGGUGGGUGCUGGAGUGGAGACAGGGUUUGCUCCAGCUGGGAGACCCCUGGAAAUGUCUGGCAGAUCUUUCUCCUAUUCCUCUCUCUGGAGACCUUUACGUGUAGCUGAGGAGGGGAACUUGAAGUGAAAGCUGGAAAAAGGAGGAGGCACUGCACAGAUGGGGAUAUGAGGGCUCAGACCACCCCGAGAAUCCAGCAUGAGGGAUGCACUGGGAUCACUGCUGCUCCCCUGCUGGCCUUGGCUUCAGUCUCCUGCAGCCAGGAUGGGAGGUGGGAUGGGGGAGCUGGUGCCUGGGUACUGCUCCUGUGGUCCCCUCCUGCCCCGUGCCGGGGGCGGUGUUGGAGGUUGGGCUGAAAAGGAGCUAUUUUUAAGCAUCACAUCUCAGCGCAGACUGUCAUUCCCAUUCUCCAUUCCUUCCUGGUGGGUGGGAGAGCUGGGGGGCUCCAGCAGCUCGACACAGCCUCAUACCCAGAAGGUCUUGGCUGCCUGGGUCCCCUUUCCUUGUGGAGAGGGAUUUGGGAGAGCUUAUCUACCACGGGCUUGGAUGUCACAGGCUCCCCAGGGCUUGGAUGAGGCAGAGGGGGCUAUGCUGUGCUUGCUGGUUUGGGGUCUUGCCCAUCACUGUGACCUUUAACCACACUGCAGUCUUUGCUGGCUGAUUCAGCAGCAAAUUGUAAAACUAGUUUAUUUCCAAAAUCAGGAGAGCAUCUUUAAAGUCACAGUACUUGAGGCAAAGGAAAGCAGAGGUGUUUUCUCUUUGUUGGGCAUUUCUUGGGUGUUCAUUGCAGCGGGGGCUGCUCCUGUGCCAGCUCCCAGGGUGAUGCCCUGCACAGGACCCACAGGAUGGGAUCCUGGCUGCAGAAUGGGAUCAUAUUCCAUGGUUGGGCAGGGCAGCCUGGGAUGGGACAUGGCAGCAACGGGAACACUCUUCCUAGGGAGAUGCUGGAUUUUAAUUCCUUUCAGUGUGGUGGACGCUGUCCUGCAGUGAAGCCCUUUCCAGGUGUGAGUCAAGGAAAAUGAAAAGCUCCUGGAAGGAUAACUGGCAAGAGAGAUAAACCUGCGAGGGGAAGGCCUUCAGAGCCGCCUGCACUUGGCCCUUUCCAUAUGGCACUUCUGCAUCUCCAGCCAUCACUGAGCUGGGUGGCACCUCCUGCAGCACAGGACUGGAGUGGCACCUCCAGACACAGGAAUUGCGGCUGAGCCGGAGACGAUGACUGCGGAGAGCACGGAAUCGAACGGGCCCGUGCGGGAACUGGAGCAGGGGGGAGCCAAGGUCCCCCCGCGGCACCGGGGCCGCCGCCUGCGGCGCAAGCCCCCGACGGAGCCCCCUCUGAAGGGGCAGCUGCGCAUGCGCUCGCCAGCGGGAGCCUUCGUCAUGGUGGGCAUCUUGGUGGUCCUGGUGGGCAUGAGCAUCGCCGUGGUGGGCUACUGGCCUCACCGGGGACCUGGGGGCACCGGGGCCACUGCGGGGAACUCCAGUGCGGUGGGGGACAUGAGGAGGGAAGUAGCGGCCGGACGCCACGUGCCCCACAGCGAGAAGCUGAAGCUGAUCGGCCCUGUCAUCAUGGGCAUUGGGCUCUUCAUCUUCAUCUGUGCCAACACGAUGCUGUACGAGAACAGGGACAUGGAGACCCGGCGGCUGAUCCAGAAGGGGCUCUACGGCAUGGCAGUGGGGCUGCCCGAGGGCACCGGCCCCAAGGACGGGCACUGCCAGCAUGGGGACAGCCAGCCCUUCCCCAAGGCCAACGCUGAGUGUGUGGAGGGCUGUUACCAGGUGGACCUGUCCUGUCAGCCCGGCCCCGGCAGCAAGUGGGGCUACGGCUCUAACCGGCUGCAGAGCAUGGCCGAGUUCCUGCAGCACCCAGCAGCUUCCCCCGCGGCCUCUCUGCACAGCCUCCACUCCACCGACGUCAACCUGAGCCUCCCGUGCCGCGCUGGAGCCGAGUCCCUCCUGUCCUCGGCCGUGGGGGCCUUGGCACUGCCCAUCAUCAAGCUCAACAACUGCUUGCUGGAUGGAGCAACGCGGGGUGCCGGAGGGAGGGCCGAGAGGGGCCUUGCUGAGCAUCCCCCCAAAGUACCACAGCUCUCCCCGGCUCUGCUUUCCAUCAGCGCCAGCAGCGCAGCCUGUGGCCAGGAUGGUGGUGCUGGUGAUGGCCACGUUGUUAUCAGCAUGGACGAUGACAGCGGUCCCAGUGCAGAGCCGCUGGUGGAGCUCAGCCCCAACGUGCACCUCCACACCCCGGGACACUCCAAAUCCCUGGACCUUGGCCAGCCAGGAGUGCUUCUGGUGGCCCCCAUCAAGGACCGUAAGAACCGGAGCUGGCCCCGACUGGACCACGUCAGCCUCGUGGGCUACGCCAAACUGGAAAGUACCGGCGAGUCCUCGGACCGGCUGCUGGAGCCCAGCGAGCCCCCAAGCCGGGGCGAGCCCCAGCCCAGCUCCUGGGUGGUGGGGAUGGAGCACGGCACACGGGUCUGAUGUCCCUUUGGGGACUGUAACGUCCCAGCCUGUUAUCCCGGCCCCCAGUGCCCACCAGCCACCCCAAACCCCACAUCAGGAGGGGUUUGGGGGCAGCGGUUUUAAGCCAAUGCCAAGAGGAAGGUCGUGACCCUCCGUUCCUCGGGGAGGACUCGCCUAGGGGUGGGAUGUCCUUCCCAGUGGAUGCCCUUGGCCUUACAAGCCCUUCUCCUGGUGGCUUUUCCAGAGGAGUCCUCGCUUUGAGACCCCACACAAAUUGUGGGAUGGGGACAUGCAGGCAGGUGAAGCCCCACCAGUCCCCACAGCACUUUAUUUCAGCAGGGUUGGGGUGGGGAGAUGCUUUUGGGGGUGGUGUCCCCUUGUCCAGCCUCAACCCACCGGAAAAUUUGCUUGGCCAGAGCACGUAGGCCCAAGAGGGCUAUUAAAUAUUAUCUGGAUGCCAUGUGGUCCUGCCUUGACUCCUCCUAAUGCCUGUGGGAUGCUUGGGAGGGGCAGCACUUGUGGCACUCGCGUCACUUUCUGAGGCUCCUCUGUAAUUUUGGGUUUACAGGACACUGAGGUUUUGUAGUUGGAAGCAAACUGUCCAGGGUCAGGGGACACCUCAGAAGAGGUGAUGGCUGUGUCUGCAGCAAUGCUAAUUCAGAGCUUUUAGCAUAACAUGCCACGUGCCACCCUUCUCUUUCUGCCUGUGAGGGAAACUGAGGCACAGGCAGGUACCACAGCCGGCCCCUGGGCUGCCCCUGCCCCCAGGAAAGCUCUUCCCAGCCACUUUCCAGUCUCCCUUACUGGAGGGUCAUCUGGCUCUUGUUUCUGUCAGGCCUGCAGCCAAGAUGCCCUGUCAGCUUUUCGUGCCUUAUUUCUGUCCCUCCUGAAGCUGCUGCAGCCAGAAAAGAAAUGAGAUAGGACCAAAAUACCGAUGGAUUUGUCAUUUCCCCCCAGUUGAGUCACACUCACUUAGGGUUGGGCAGCAGCUGCUGAGCACAGAGCUCACCUGGGCUCACCACAAAUUCCACGGCUCAAAGGAAGGGUUUAUAUCAAGUGAUGCUUCUUUGGGGCAAAUUUGAACUCUGGGAAUUGCUUCUGGCCCUUUUGGGGGCCGUGGUCCCACAUGUGACCACAAUGGGAAUUGUGUAAAAGGUCUGAAGGCACCACGAGCCCAGAGAAAUGCUGGCCCAAGACUGGCAGAGCUUUGGCAGCUACAUUUGGGGGCUUUGGUCUAGGCUGGUAAAACCAAGUCAUCACAACACCAGGGUAAGGAGAGAGACCUGGAGGAAGGUGAGGAGGAACAGAAUUCAGCACCAGGGAGAGUUUUGUUUGAAAAUUUAUUGAAAAAUGCAAUACAAGAAGCAAUACUGAACACUUAGGUCUGCCUAAAUGCUAUGGCAACUUUCCCUUUGAUUUGCUAUGAAAAUCCAAAAUAACAGCUCCCAUCACUAGUUGAUCUAGAAAGUUUUGCCAACUUUAAAAGUUCCUAUUUUUAUAAAGAGUGUAAAUGCCUAACCUAGACAAUUCACAAUUGCCUUAAAAAAAAUUUACAAAGCUCCUUCAUCUUCUCAACUAAUUUUUUUUUUUUUGUAGUUUUUUACAAGUUUCAUCUCUAAGGUUGGGACACUACUACUUCUUAAGGUAAUUGUACAAUUAGGAAAAUCAGCAAACCACAGUUUAUUAAAACCAGAAAUCAGUCAGUCCUUUGCUAACACAUCUCUGUUGGUCAGGGAUUGCUAUUGGGCAACUGGAGCUGCUGUUCCAGUUUAAUGGAGGAGAACAGGAGCUCCUUGCCUUCCUUUCUAUAAAAACAUUCAUUCAUAUAUAAAUAGCUUCCAUAUAAUGUAUAUUAUACAAUCAAGACAGUCUCUGGGUGAAUUUGUGGAGUGGGAAGAGCUGGGAACAUUCAUAUAAAUAGACCUUACUUAGCUGGUUUGUCCCUAGAGCUGACACAGCACACUCAGAGCCAAGGAUGUUAAAUCCCAGCAGAGGUGGGAGUGGGCAGCCCCACCACGGCCUUGGCUGAGGGUGAGAGAAGCUUCUUCUGCUUUUUUUACUUGUAUCUUCUUCCCAGGCUCCUGUCCAGCUCCUGGGCUCGGGCACCGCGUUGGCAGGAGCGGGGCUGGAAACCCCUGAGGUCAGACAGCAGGUGAUGGCAAAUGGCACAAGAGGCCAUGACUUCUUUAAAUCUCUCCAGGAGAAGCAAGAACUCAGCAGGGGGAAGUGUGAAGAUGGAGAGCCUGCCACAAUCAGCCACCCAAAAUCCAGGGAAAAAAUAAAAAUAGGGUUAUUCUAGUCUAUGGGCCCUUUAACAAGGGACAUCUGCAGCCACAGUGAGCACAUCCUUUGGGAAAGGAAACACCUCUCCUGCCAGCAGAUUUCUCACCCCAGAAAUCCCCUGCUUGGGGGAUUCUGUCCCACUCAUCGUGCCCAAGGGAACACCCAGGGACCACAUUCCCCUGAAUUCUCUGACAGCCAAGUGCCUUUAAGUGCUAUAGACAAACUUAAUUUAUCAUGUUGGCUCUGCCUGGUGAAGCCCAGAAAUCCUC